CUGACUUGUCUACAUGCACUGCCUUUUGACUAGCGCAUAGAUACAUUUGAGUUUAAGUUAGAGACAUGUAUUCUGCAGGGCCUUUUUCUUGGGGUUGCGGAUUCAUGUCAGUGUGAAUCUUUUAUAGUGGCAUGGUUGAGCUGCAAAGUCCGCUUGUGAGCCUGCGAUGGCAUAGGAAUGUGUUGUAAAAAAAAUACAAGUAAAUCAAUAUGAAGUUCCAACUAUAGCUACACUGCUACUCAAUAAUGUCUCUGCUCGUGAGCAACGUAACGUUAGCACUUGGCAGCAGUGCACAGCCCAGUGCUCACAGGUCUGGGCUGUUGCAGUGCUCGACGCUACCUGCUUCAUGUUACAGAAUUCACUUGCGUGGCACUGUACUCUGUAGUCAUCGAGAUAUUUGUUUUGUUAGCGUGUAGUUUUAAAACAACUUGCAAGACGUCUGUGUCGCGUCCAUAUACGUGCAGUAUGUCCUUACCUUUUUUUUUUUAGUGUAAGUUCGUUCAAUGUUCGUGGUCUAUCGUCCAACACGAAAAAGCAACUGCUGGCCGAGGACCUGCGUUGCUAUAAAAUUCAAAUUUGUUCUCUGCAAGAAACGAAAAUUCAAGACGGCUACGACGGAGUUCACGGCGACUACAGGAUUGUGUGCCUCUCCUCGACUUGCCGACAUUAUGGAAACGGCUUUGCUAUACACCACUCGCUCCUCGAUAGAGUGUAUCGAAUCUGGAGCGAGUCGGAUAGAGUUGCCGUUCUGCAAAUUCGACUGUCAAAAAAUAAACUAUUGUCGCUCGUCAGCGUGUACGCGCCGACGUCGACUAGAGUUGCGCAGGACCAAGACUGCCUAGACGACUUCUACUCCUCACUCAACGCUGCAGUUGCCAAGGUAAAAUCUUCAUCUAUCUUCCUCGUACUCGGUGACUUCAAUGCCAAGCUCGGAACACAAAAUAAAUCACUCCAUCAAUGCAUUGGGCGAUACGGAAGAGGACGACAGAAUUACUCUGGCAAGGUCCUUGCUGACUAUUGUGACUCAGCUUCCCUAUUCGCCUGCAGCACAGCUUUUCAGCACCCAGCACGGCACUGCACAACAUGGACAGGAUGGAGAAAGAAUAAUUCAAGUGGCGGAGCCCCCAUUCCCAUCUAUAAUCAAAUAGACUAUAUCUUGUGUUCCACUCGUCAGCGCCAGCUCUUCACAGAUGCCAGAUCUUACGCUGGAACCCUGCUGGACUCGGACCACCGAUUGCUUGUGGCACGAAUGAAGCUGGACCGGUUGCGUGGUGUGUGGGGCCCAAUAGAGCACGCUAAGAAACAGCGAGUAGGCAUGAAAAUUGCUGUGGAUAGGCUGUCCGAUCCACGCAUACGGAAGGAAUAUCAGUCCGCUCUGGAAAAUGAUAUUACCCAACACUGCAGCUGCAAGCCAGAAACAAAGCUAGCCCCUCAGGAGCUAUGGGAUCAGGUACAUACGACUGUGAUGGAAGUGGCCAGCGCUACCCUGGGAGCAUCAACAAGACCGCCAAAAGGAAAAUGGAUACCUGACCCACAGCUGACGGCUAUGGUUCAAGAAAAGCGGAAAAUCCGGCUUCAACUGAUGAAUACCCCUGAUGCAGCAGUAGCAGCACGUCUGAAACUCCACAAAAACCAGCUAUCUCAUCAAGUUCGCAGGCAAGCCAGAGACAAUGCAAGCAGAUUAUUGGACGGUAAGGUGGCGGAAAUUGAGAACCAGAAAGAUGACGCGCGCAUGUUCAAAGCUGUGCACCUGCUCCAACGAAAGAAACAACAACCCAUCACGAUAAAUGAUGCCAAAGGACGACGGCUUUUGAACCCUCAAGACAUAGUUGGCGGAAUCACGAGUCAUUUCCAAGAAAUGUUCACUCAGCCUAACACUACCAUCCAAACAAAAAAUACAGAAAAAUUUGCAAAAGAAAUCACACAGCAGGAAAUCACAUCAGCAGCAAGGCGCCUUAACAACGGCCGUGCGACCGGGCCAGACAACAUGGCAGGCGAACUUAUCAAGUACGGGCCUGCCCCUCUUCACCAUGCUCUAGCUCGGAUAUACAAUGCCGCUAUUUCCAACAAUGAGCCACUCUGUAUUGGCGACGGGACUCUUAUCCCGCUACAAAAACCUGACAAGGCCAGGGGGCCCCCAUCAAACCUGCGACCAAUAGUACUGUUGACGGUGUUGCGCAAGGUGUUGUCACUUGUGGCAUUGUCCCGCGUAAGCAGAAAAAUACAUAAAUACUUAUCUCCCACCCAGAGCGGUUUCAGGCCUAACAGAAGCACCUCGGACGUAAUAUGGUCUUACCGUUGGGCUAUAGCCCGAUGCCAACGCCUACAACAGAAGUAUGACAUUAUCGGUAUCGACAUGUCGAAAGCAUUCGAUACCAUCUCGCGUCCGAAACUGAUCAGUGUUCUUGCGUCAUUCCUUGACAACGACGACGUUACACUGAUUUCAUAUCUUCUGCAGCACACCACCUUGCAGGUUCGAUUGCCGGGAACGGAUGGCAUUAAGUUCAAAACCGACAGAGGCACCCCACAGGGGGACUCAUUAUCUCCUGUGCUAUUCAUCGUGUAUCUAGAAGCGGCCCUGCGGGACGUGCGAAAUAUCUUACCGAUCCGGCCACAACUCGACAUCGACCUGCACCUCCCAACUGACACAUCAUAUGCUGAUGAUGUUGACUUUCUGUCAUCUAGGGGAGCUGACCUCCAAUCAUGCCUCCCUGUUAUUGGGGACACCUUAAAGCAAUGGGAUUUGACAGUUAACUCCGCCAAGACAGAAUUCACCCAUAUCGAGAGGUUCAGCGACUGCAUUGCAGAAGAAUGGAGGCUGACCCGGAAGCUGGGAUCGCUACUGGGUGACAGGGAAGAUGUAUCUCGGCGUAUGCAGCUGGCCACAGGUGCGUUUCAACGGCUUUGGGCACUGUGGGUGAGAGGCUCGCAGGUGAGAGAGAACAGACGUGUCAAGCUAUACAAUGCAUUUAUCACACCAAUACUUCUGUACAAUUGCUCAACAUGGGGAGUCCCAAGCAAUGUCAUCAAGCGAUUGGAAGCAUUCCACAGACGUCAAUUGAGAACAGUCGUCGGGAUCAAGUACCCUCAAGUCAUCAAAAAUAGCGAGCUGUAUAAACGCACCAACUCCCAGCCCCUUGGGGAAACCAUUGUGAGAGCGAGGUGGCGGCUCUUUGGCCAUGUCCUGAGACUAAACGACGAUGUACCAGCACGCGUUAUGAUGGCAGCAUACUUCGAAAACCCAAGUUCCGCUGCCACCUGGCGGGGCCGGCCACGUACCACUCUGCCACUGAGUCUGCACCAGGACCUGCAGCGUAUCGGGGGGUCGCUCAAGAAACGCGAGGAACUUGAGAACCUCCAUGCCAUCUCCCAGUCACGACAAGACUGGAAAGACCUAUGCAGCAAUGUGAUAAAAGCAUACAUCAAAGCCUAAUAAUACUGCUUCCACCUGUGGCAGCUGCAUGGCCGUACGGUGUACCAUAACAUAACUCAUUGACUAACAUAUUUUGUGAAAAUAUUAUCCUGUAAAAGAAUAGGAAUGUAAACAAUAUACCUGUGAAAACACAACCUUGAAUGCUACUAACACAACCUGUGACUACAAUAAUCAUGAGAUCAACCCCAAAACAUUUCUUGCAGUUUACUUUCGUAGAGUUUGCAACUUUGUGUUCCUCAACACAACUUGCAGCUUUCUUCAAACAUAUCCUCAACCUUGGUUCUGUCCUAGAUCGUGUAUACAUACAUUCAUUGUUUCGUCUCAUCAUUAUGGAGCAGCUUAUGCGAAGGCUAGCCAAGCUUGCUUGGCGAUGCCAACGCGGAAAAGCCUAUAAUAAUAAUAAUAAUAAUGUCCUUACCUUUCAAUUGUGUAAUUUCCUUGACUC